GAACGCACAGCAGCAUCCAGCCAAUUGUGGCGAGUAAGCGCAAGUCAGCAUACAAACGGAAAGGAAACAAUUUGCCUUUAGAAAGAUAAAAUGGUAAAACAGACCAUUCAGGUAUACGCCCGUAUAAAGCCCACCAAGAAAAAUACCGCGGUGUACUCUGUCAACAAUGAGCCACAAACAAGUGCAGCGCUGGAGUUUGUGGUACCUAAGGACAUGGCUGAUGGCUUUGUUAACAACAAGAGGGAGUGCUUCAGCUUCAGGUUCCAAAAGGUGUUCGAUCAAACAACCAACCAAGAAGAGAUAUUUGAACACAUCGCAAAACCAGUUGCAGACAGUGUGUUGGCCGGCUACAAUGGCACCAUCUUUGCUUAUGGCCAAACAGGCAGUGGGAAGACCUUCACCAUCACAGGAGGGGCAGAGCGCUACAGUGAUCGUGGCAUUAUUCCCCGCACACUCUCAUACCUCUAUGAGCAUUUCAUCCAGGACAGCAGUACAGUGUAUCGUACUCACAUAUCAUACCUGGAGAUUUACAACGAAAUGGGUUAUGACCUCCUGGAUUCCAGACAUGAAGCAUCUCGCCUGGAGGACCUACCAAAAGUAAUUAUUAUGGAAGACACUGACCAGAACAUCCAUCUCAGGAACCUUUCAUUGCAGCAAUCUGCAAAUGAAGAGGAGGCUCUCAAUCUGCUGUUCUUGGGCGAUACCAAUAGAAUGAUUGCUGAAACUCCCAUGAACCAGGCCUCUACACGGUCGCACUGUAUAUUCACUGUGCACUUGUGUAGGCGUGAGCCAGGCUCUGCUACACUACGGCGCUCCAAGCUCCACCUGGUGGACCUGGCUGGGUCGGAUCGCGUCAGCAAGACAGGCCUAAAUGGGCAGUUGCUCACUGAGGCCAAAUACAUCAACCUCUCCCUCCAUUACUUAGAACAGGUCAUCAUUGCUCUGUCAGAGAGGAAUCGCUGCCAUAUUCCAUACAGGAACUCUAUGCUGACCUCUGUGCUUAGGGAUAGCCUUGGAGGCAACUGCAAGACCACUAUGAUUGCUACUAUGGCAGUUGAUAAGAGGAACCUAGAUGAGUCCAUCUCGACAUGUCGCUUUGCCCAGCGUGUGGCUAUUAUCAAGAAUGAGGCAAUCUUGAAUGAAGAACUUGAUCCUGCCUUGUUGAUUGCUCGCCUAAAGCAGGAGGUUCAGUCUCUAAAGGAGGAGCUGACGAUGCUGACAGGAGAAGAGAGAGAUGAGCAGUUAACGAUGGAGGAGAUUAAGAAGUUGGAAGAGUCAGUGAAGGCCUUUCUAGAUGAUCCUGGUCCAGAUGUGACACUGACUUUGGGACCAGACAUGAGAAAAAUCCAGUAUUGUUUUUGUCUGCUCAAGACAAUGAUUCUUGGCAACAGAAGUGGAAAUUGCAGUAACCACGAUAUACAGCAGUCACCAGCAGCCAUAACAGGGGAAAAAGAUACUCAAGAGCACCACUGCACAGAGGAAGUUAAUAAACUGAAGGAAUUGCUGGAGCAGCGUGAUAAUGAAAUCAGUAUCCUGGUUAAGAUUUUGAAGAAGGAGAAAAAAAAGGCCAGCGAUGCCACAACGCAGCUUGCAAGUAUUUCCAAUGUACAGAAGAAUGUGGCCAAGAGUGAUGCUGGUUUGUCAGCGGUGCAAUUGCCACAGGCUGAAAACAACGAACCCACCUCAACAGGUCCUGGGGGACGAGCUGUACAGUACAUGAAAAGAGGAGCACAGCUCUCAGUCGGGAAGCAGGAGGCCUUUGAGACCUUUAUCAAAGACCACGAGGACCAUCACAUCAUCGAAGACAACAAGAGUCUGCUCAAACAGAGGUCAACAGAAGCCAGACAGCUUGGGGAGCAACUUCAUGACGCCAAACAAAAAAUCAAUGAAUUCAAGAAGCAGUUGGAAGUGCGUCGAAGACAGAGGGCCGCUUCUGGUGUGAUUGCAAAUCACAAAGAUAUUGUGGAGGAGGUGGAUCCAGUGGAGGAAAACCUGCGUGAACACAUUGAACAAGAAAAAAAAAUUUACGAGAUCUCUGCUUGUCACUUGAAAGCGUUGAGAACAGAGAUUGAACACCUCCAACUGUUCCUGGAGAGGGCCAAGGUUAAACUCCACAAGGAUUUCGAAAAGUGGUGGAACGAGGAGGCUUCCAAUGCGCAGAAGUCGAAAAAUGAAGCCAGAGGUCGGACAGGAGCCCCGUGUGGAACCUUGCCGCCAUCCUCACACAGCACUCCUGGUUUUGAAACUCUCAUUACCAAGCCAGCAUGGCCCAAUAUGAUGCGAGAGGAGCAAGUGUCUGACUUCACUUCUUCAUCAGAGUUGAGGGCCCUUUCCAAGUCUUCUCUCUCAACAUCUUCUAUCCCUCUAACUGGAGACCGGCAGGCGGAUGCAGACAUCCUGGCCUUCAUCAGAGCCCGGCAAAACCUCCUCAGCAGGGCGGGCGCUCUUCAGAAGUAACAUCAAGUCACUUGGAAACCCAGGAGACUAUCAAGCUGUCCUUCAUAUAAGAAGACAUAUUGAACAUCAUUGACACUCGAUGAUGCAAACACGAGGAAGAAAGAUCACAAGUGGUUCCUGAACAUCGACUCAAGAAAAGGGUCCGGUGCCGACACAUCUUGCUUGAGUCACUGCCAGGGAACUGAUUGAGCAACAGAACAAUAUAAAUCAAAGCUCCGUCGUCCAUUUGAUCUAAACAAAUGUUGUUCUAAGAUCUGAGAGGAUAGUCAACGAGAGGAAGCCAGCUGGCGUCGGCAUGUCAUCAGUUGUAACUUCUUAAGUGUUAGUAUGUAUACCAACAUAAAUUAUGCGUGGCAAACUGUCAGAAGGCUGGAAAUAUAAAUAGCUCUAAAAAGAAGCCAUGGGUGAAAAAAAGCACACUUUUUAGUUUCUCUGUAAAGAGAUAAGAUUACUUUUCGUGAUCAACUGGGAUUGGAGCUAGUUCACCCGGAGAAGCAGUACAAAAUGGAUCAAUUGAUAUUAUAGUUAUUAUGGUGGUUAUACUGCAGUUAAGCUCGUGUAAACAUACUCCAAUUGUGUAGCUAAGUACAAUAUCAAUAAUCGCCCUAUAAUAAACUUCAGAAUUUUUUAGGGCAAUUGUAUUAUGAUUCUGACACAGAAUCCUAUACAAACUGUCAUAGAGUCAAUAUGGGUUUCCAAUAGUUAAAUUACCAUCGUUUCCAAAAUGUCCCUGCAUAUGACAGUGGGUGUUUCAUGAAC